CGCAUCUCUCACACGUUCUCUCUCCAGAAACAUCUCUUUUUCUGGCGCUUCUCUUCGGACAAUCGCACUCACACUCUCUCUGUUUCUCUACUCUCUCUUCUUGUCACCGUUGGAGAGAGGUCUUGGAGCUCAGAAGAUAGGCUCAGGUCAACAUUGGUCAAAUUUUGAUGAUCCAUCUUUCUGUGUAAAUUCUACUGUUCUUCUCUAAGGCCUGUAAAUAUGGAGAAAGAAAAUUGGGCUACUGCUAAUGCUGAAGAACUGACCACUCGAGUAACACGAUCUCGAGCUGCUACAUACCGUGCAUCUAAGCAGAUGCUUCCUAAAAAUGCUUCCAUGCCACAAGAACAGAAGCGGACUUCACAAUCAAAUUUAAAAAGGCCAGCCUUGGAGGAGAAGAACAAUGCAGCUUCUGCUACCACAGCUCCUCAGUGUAAGAAGAGGGCAGUGCUUAAGGAUGUCGCAAAUAUUUGCUGUGAAAAUUUGUACAUGAACUGCAUUGAUGCUACUAAAAUUCAGAAAAGGAACAGCAAGCAGGCUAGGAAAGGUUGGGUGAUGUUACCCAAGGUGGCUCCUUCUGUUACUGUAGAAAUAUCACUUCAUUCAGCUGAUCCGAAGGCAACAGUGGCUCAAGAAGUAGAAAAACAGGAAAUUGAACCUGAAGUUAUAUGUCUGACUAUAGAUGGGAAUUUACCUUCCCAGUUAACUUCAGGAACUACCUUAAGGAAAUGUGGCAUAGCUGAUAAUCAGGUUGAAAAACACUGUUCUGAAAUUGCUUCACAACUCCACAGCUCUUCAAAUGAAGCAGAAAAGGGUAGCUUUGAUGGAAAGCUGACAACAUCAAGCAAUCCAGAUGUUAAGGAUAUUGAUUCUGAUGACAAGGAUCCUCAAUUGUGUAGCCUCUAUGCCCCUGAAAUCUAUAACAAUUUGCAUGUUGCAGAGCUCAACCGAAGGCCGUGUUCUAAUUUUAUGGAAACAGUGCAGCGAGAUAUCACUCAGAGUAUGCGGGGGAUUCUGGUUGACUGGCUUGUAGAGGUAUCUGAGGAAUACAAGUUGGUGCCAGAUACACUUUACCUCACUGUACAUCUCAUUGAUUGGUUUCUCUCUCAAAACUACAUUGAAAGACAAAAACUUCAACUUCUUGGCAUCACCUGCAUGCUAAUUGCCUCGAAGUAUGAAGAAAUUUGUGCCCCACGAGUGGAAGAAUUUUGCUGCAUCACAGACAACACUUACUCAAGAGGAGAGGUGGUGAAAAUGGAGAGUCAAGUACUGAACUAUUUUGGCUUUAAGAUUUUUGCACCAACUGCAAAAACUUUUCUCAGGAGAUUCCUACGAGCGGCACAAGCAUCUUACAAGAAUCCUAGUCUUGAAUUGGAGUAUUUGGGUAAUUAUCUAGCAGAGCUGACACUGAUUGACUAUGGCUGUCUGAAAUACCUUCCUUCCAUCAUUGCUGCAUCAGCUGUAUUUCUUGCAAGAUGGACACUAGAUCAAUCAGGCCACCCUUGGAAUCCCACUCUAGAACACUACACCAGGUACAAGGCAUCAGAUCUCAAGACUGCAGUUUUUGCAUUACAAGAUUUGCAACUGAACACUAGUGGCUGCCCUCUGAAUGCCAUACGUGGCAAAUACAGGCAGAAUAAGUUCAAAUCUGUAGCCAGUUUGUCUUCCCCAAAACUGCUCCAAACUCUCUUCUAAAGAUAAGAUGGCUUAUUCAUCAUUUUCUCAAGGGACUGCUAACAGAUACAUACACUAAACAGAUGGGAAGUUUCUACCCAGCGGCAUUGUGUGCAUGGAGUAAUACUGAUGUCUAAUCUUAACCCAUUUUCUCUCUUUCUCUUUACUUUUCCAAUCUCUGUUUAUAAGUUCUGUUCAAGUUCUAAAAAAGGUCUUGGUUCCUGCCAAUCCUGUGCCUUUGUAACAUUGUAUCAAGAACUUGAAAUACUACACUGAUGGUUGAAUUUAAGUGUUUUAAGGGGGUUUUUUCUUUUUAAAUUUUCAAUCUGAAUCAACAAGUUAUUUGAGAGCUGAGAAUUAACUUGUCCAGUUGUAAGUUUCUGUAAGAGAAUGUAAUGUAACUUCACUAGCCAAAUCUUCAAUCAAAUGAACGGUUUCUGUAUUGUAAGUGCUUA